AUGUCAGACACGCUCUCCGAUGCGGACAAGAUCCGCAACAAGCGUCUAGCGAAGCUUGCAUCUCAGGUGACGUCUUCUCGAUCGCCGUCGCAAGCUUCAGAAGCUUCAGAAGCUAGCCAGAGCCAGCCUACGCCUAGUUCGGACCGACAGAUCCCGACCUCCCCACGUCCAGAGGCCUCGCAGCCUCGAAUCAAUAUCAACGGCGUCCCUGCGCCUGCGCAGUCUGCGUCGCAACCAGAGACAUAUGAGACCGGUUUACAGGGGAAGAGAAUCAAAAUCUCACCGGCAUCGUCGGCUGCCGUAUCGCCGCGAUCAGAGUCAUCUUCCCCACUUCCUGCUAAACGACCGACACCCAAGGCGGAGGAAUCUGUCGAAGCGUUUGAGGAUAGGACUCUGCGUGCGAUAUUUAGGGUGACCUUGAGAGAGGAUCAGCAGCAGGAUAUUCAUGGCCACAAGUUGACCUACCUGCCUGGCGUUCGAAGUGAGCUCGAGGAACAAGGGCUUGAGCCGCGAAUGACAGUCGGAGUUCUUGACCAAGCCAUCGUUGAAGCUGCGUCGAAAACAGAGAGUCAAAAGCCCUUGAACUAUUUGUUGCCAUGCUGGAAACGAAUUCACCGGUUGUACAAAGGGUUCCGAAAGACCCAGGAUGAGGAUCCAAAGUUCAACAUUGUGCGCGAGGCGAGGCGCCUCUGUAUUAGCUACUGCAUCUUUGCCAUCACGAUGCCGGAGAUGUUUGGGGUCGAAUCGUCAUCUCAAUCCCCACUGAAACCUCAUCUCCUCCUGGACGCCGAGGAUGACAGGGGCAUCGAUUUUGAUUUCCUCUCUGAAGCUGUGAAGCGAUUUGAAGAAGAUGAUUCUUUGAAACCUGCCUUCAUUACGACUGUCGAAGAAAUGAGCCGCGACCUGUCGGUGAUGACUAUCAACGAUGAUUACAAGCCUUAUGUGACGGCCUUAAGAAACCUGGUCCACCACGCUGCUAUCGGUUCUGCGAUUACUGAAUCCUCCAUCUUUAAUGCAUCAAGAGAUCCGGCCACGUUUGAGCAAACCACGCUUCUGGGUCCGUGGUUCCGCCUGUCGCCGCUUCAGCCCAGCGUCACCACUACAUACUUCUCCAGUCCGAAGACAAGAGAUCAGACUUUUAUCCUGAAUUCGCAGCGAUCGCUUCGAAUGACGCAGCAAAUGCUCAGUUCGGACCUCUUGGACGUAAUAAACCAUCUGAUCCGGGCAUCGAAAGAUGCCAGAGAGAGGGUCUUGGACUGGUUUGCGACAGCUCUGAAUCUGAACCACAAGAGGAGAGCGAUGCAGGUCGACCCCAAUACCGUUUCGUCAGAUGGCUUCAUGUUUAAUAUUACUACCUGUCUGGAUCAGUUAUGUGAGCCGUUUAUGGAUGCAUCUUUCACAAAGAUCGAUCGGAUAGAUGCGAAAUAUCUUCACCGCAAUCCUCGGGUCCAGAUGCGAGAUGAGACCAAGAUCAAUGCGGACCAGCAUGCAUCUGACGAAUUUUAUUCCAAGACCGUGGAAGGAACGUCCAACUUUAUUACUGAAAUCUUCUUCCUGACCGUAGCAGCUCACCACUAUGGAAGCGAAUCUUUAACGUCGAAGCUUGAGCAGCUGGAGAAAGAUCUCCGCCAUAUGGAGUCCACGAUUAACAAGUUUGAAUUGGAACGACAUAAGUGGAUUCAUAAUCCGGUCCAACUCAGGACAUUUGAGGAGGCGUUGAAGAGAUACAAAGACAAGCUCGAUCUUGGUCUCGCCCUGAAGUAUAGCUUGCAGGGUGUUCUCUUUGACGACUUAUGGCAAACGCGGUCCAUGCAGUUCAUGCGAUAUGUUAUCGUUUGGCUAUUGCGUCUCGUUUCUGGGGUUGACUUUCCCCGACAAAAGCUUACCUUGCCACUACCAGAAACCCCACCAGAUGUGUUCAAAUGCCUUCCUGAAUACUUCCUGGACGACAUUGUUAGCAACUUCAAAUUCAUCAUGUGGUGCAUGCCGCAAAUCAUCACCGCCACCCAGGGAGAUGAGCUGGUGAUGCUCUGCAUCUCCUUCCUUGAGAGCUCCCAAUACAUUAAGAACCCGUACCUGAAAGCAGGUCUGGUCUCCAUUCUUUUCCGGGGAACAUGGCCACGGCCGGGAGGCGCCCGAGGUGUCCUCGUUGACCUUCUGAAUUCGAUGCCGUUUGCCACGCAGUAUCUCCUGCACGCAAUCAUGAAGUUCUAUAUUGAGGCCGAAUUCACGGGUACCCACACUCAGUUCUUCGACAAAUUCAACAUCCGAUACGAAAUCUUCCAGAUCAUCAAGUGCAUCUGGGGCAACCCGGUCUACAGAUCCCAGCUCUCCGACCAGGCUCAACAGAACCUCGAUUUCUUUGUCCGUUUCGUCAACCUUCUUCUCAACGAUGUCACCUUCGUCCUUGAUGAAUCAUUCACGGCUUUCAUGACUAUCCACGACACGCAAGUUCUGUUGAACCAAGAAGGAAACACCAUGGAUCCCAAUACGCGUCAAGAAAAAGAGGAGCAGCUCGCCGCUGCCCAAAACAAGGCGAAGUCGUACAUGCAGUUGACGAACGAGACCGUUGCGAUGCUGAAGCUCUUCACCGAGGCGUUGGCAGACUCGUUCACGAUGCCCGAAAUUGUUCAACGACUGGCUGACAUGCUUGACUACAACCUGGAUGCCAUGGUCGGACCAAAGAGUUCUAACUUGCGGGUGGAAAACCUGCAAGAGUACGGCUUCAACCCCCGGGCGCUGCUGAGUGAGAUUGUCGAUGUGUAUCUGAAUCUGAUGGAUAAAGAGAAUUUCACGUUUGCCGUGGCGCGCGACGGCCGAUCAUACAAGCCUCAGAAUUUCGAGAAAGCGGCCGACAUUUUGCGCAAGUGGUCGUUGAAGUCGGAUGAGGAUCUGCGCAAGUGGGCAGAGUUGCAAAAGCGGGUCAAGGCGGCCAAGGAAGCGGAUGAGCAGGCGGAAGAGGAUCUCGGGGAAAUCCCAGACGAGUUCCUAGAUCCAUUAAUAUACACCCUCAUGGAGGAUCCUGUCAUCUUGCCGAGUUCGAAAGUGUCUAUCGAUCGAUCUACCAUCCAGUCCCAUUUACUGAGCGACCCGAGCGACCCCUUCAACCGGGCGCCAUUAAAGAUUGAAGAUGUGAUACCAAACACAGAAUUGAAAGAGAAGAUUGAGGCUUUCAAAGCGGAGAGGAGAGCAGCCAAGAAGAAGGCUGUAAGCGAAAGCAUGGACACUUCAAGUGGCUGA